ACGUUUAUUGGUCAAUGAUAAUAAGCGAUCGUUAUUCGUUAUUUUUCAAUUCAUAAAUAUUUAAAUCGGCAGUGUCGUCUAAAAUCUCGCUUUGGAAAUUACGCUAUUUCGAAUUUUUCACCGUAAAGUAUUUGUUAUUUCUUAAAAACAAUGGGGGACUCCUUAUUUGAUAUUUUUGGUGAUGCAUCUAAAUCGACGAUUAAAAGUAUUGUUCGUCAGCCGAUAUCGUCAAUUGAGAAUAUGGGUAAAACCGUAUCCAACGGACCUCUUAAACCUAUGGAAGCUAAUUUACCUAUGAAGAAGGGUGAAACAAACAUCAAGAGGUCUUUCAUGUCAAACAAGGGAAAAGCCUUACAGAGUACACCAAUUCAACAGAUUUCCACACCUAGAGUUAAAGUAGAAACUUUGAUUUACAAUGACCAUGCCUACAUAGAAGAACUAUCUUCCUUCAUGGAUAUACAGUUUACUGGAUUUUCAAAUAAAUAUGAUAACUUUCACACCGAUAUGUUAGACUAUUUACCUCUGCCUGAGUUAAAAAUCCCAACAAUAUUUACUCCUCCAAAUACUCCACCCCCCACUAUGUCUAAACCAACUAUGGAUUUAAACUGCUCCUAUCAAGAUGAUUUCUAUACCGAUGAUUUCUCCAUUGACAGCUUACCAGACCCGGAAUUGAACUUACCUGACAUAUUUUAAUUAUCAAUUUAGAAAAAAUACAUAUCUUCAUUUAAUCAUAAUAAUUUUAGAUUUUGCUUAUAUUAAAAAAAUAUGAUAAACAAAUUUUGUGUUAGUCUACUAUGGAAAGUUUUAUGUUUCUGACAUCACUCUGGACUUCAAAUUGUUUGGAAUUAAAAACUUGUAAUAGAAAUUAAAUAAUGUCAUUAAUCAUACCACUA